AUGGGAGUAGAUUUUAUUCUCCUGGGACUCUUCCUGAGCACAAAACAUGCUGACAUCCUCAUUGGUGUGAUCAUCCUCUUCUAUGUUGCUGCCCUCACAACAAACUCCACACUGAUUCUUCUCACCCUAGUGGAUUCACGGCUUCAUACACCCAUGUACUUCCUUCUCAGACAGUUGUCCUUCAUUGACUUGCUCUUCAUCUCCACCACUGUCCCCAAGAUGACCAUUGAUUUUUUCUCUGGGAAGAAAAACAUGUCAAAAAUAGGCUGUGGGAUGCAGAUGUUUUUCUUUCUGAUGCUGGGUGGAGCCGAGUGCAUUCUCCUGACUCUCAUGGCCUGUGAUCGCUAUGUGGCCAUCUGCCAUCCACUGAGAUACCAAGUCACCAUGGACCAGAGGGUCUGCCUGAUGAUGUUCAUGGUGUCCUUGGCUGGGGGUACCAUACAUGCUCUAAUACAGACUAUAUAUACCAUGCACUUACCUAAGUGUGGUCCCAAGGAGAUAGAACAUUUUUUCUGUGAAAUCAUGGCUAUCUUGAGUUCCUCCUGUGAGGAUACUUCUGCAUAUAAGUUGACAUUAUUUGUGACAGGCACAGUGAUACUCUUUAUUCCCCUUGUCACCAUCUUUUCCUCCUACUCUGUCAUCUUCUUUAAUGUACUCCACAUGAAUUCUCACAAGGGGAGGAAUAAAGCUCUGGCCACUUGCUCCUCCCAUCUUAUGGUCGUGGGUCUCUUUUAUGGCCCAGCCAUGUAUAACUACAUGACACCUGGUUCCCCACACAGCCCUGAUCAGGACAAGGCUGUAUCAGUGUUCUUUUCAAUCAUUACCCCUAUGCUGAAUCCCUUUAUUUAUAGCCUUAGAAACAAAGAGGUUUUGGGGGCAUUGAGGAAGUUAUGGGAAAGGUAA